AUGAAAUCAUUAUCGGUAUCUAAAUACAAUAACAAUAAUAGCUUAUUGACUCCAGAUAAACGAUUGGUAUCAUUUGAUAUUAUUACAGAGUAGAUAAACCACUUAAUCAACUUAAAAAAAAGAUGCACUUUCUAUUUAAAGUUAUUUUUCUGAAUAAUCAAAUAUCAAAUCCGAAGCUUCAAAAAAGGAAAUAAUUAGAUUAAUUAAAUCAACUGUUGAUAGCAUUCAUAAAAAUAACAGCAUUAAAGAAUUGAACAUAAAUUUGAUUAAAUUACUUGCAGGAUUAAAUUCUUGUAUAAAUGAGUAAGAUUUAUCUCUUAUUCUAAUUCAACUUAUAUCAACUAUUAAAUAAAAUAUACAUAGUUGCCAAAUCAAUGAAAAAUAGGUCUAUGAUUAAGAGAAAGCCUAAUUGUUGAUUAAAUUACAAUAAUUAGAAUAAUAAUCUAAAGAGAACUAGGAGAAAUUUGGUAAUUUAUUUAUUUUAAUAAUAGAAAAUAAGCUUAAAGAAUAUAAAAAUCAAAGUAAAGUCUUUCAAUUAUAGGAUGAAUCUAAGCAUAAUAAAUUAAGUUAAGAGAAAUAAAAAGAUCGAAAUAAAUUAAUAGACUAAAUUAAGGAAAUGUAAUAAAAAAUGUUAACAUAAUCAGAAAAGGAGCGCAAGUUAAUAUAAUUAGUAAAAGCAGUGAAAUCUAGAGGAAUAGACGUUGAAAAAAUUUAUAAGAAUCUUGAUCUUAAGAGUAGUAAAAAUAGCAAGAGAACUAGUAAGCAAUCAGAAUCGUAAAAUGAACAAAUUUCAUACACCGAAUCAAAUCUGGCAGAUAUUUCAUAAUUAGAUUAUAGUGAUGGAAUGAUUAAGAAAAACACUCAAUAUUUAAUUGAUUGA